AUUUUUCAGAUAAAGAAACGGGGUCUCAGAGAGGUUAAGGAAUUCCCCCGAGGUGGCACAGCUGAUGACGGACAAGCCUCAGUGCCUCCCUCCGGCGUGCUGCUGCAUGGCCACAUCUCUGGUCACAGCAGGGGAAAGACCCGGUUCUGAUUAAGCAUCAUCACCCAUCACCCUUUCUGGAGCACAGUGGCAAAGACAGCAUCCCUCUGUCCCGCACCGUGACCCUUCCUCCGAGGUCUUCACCCCAAAGAGUCCUUGCACUGUCACCAAGAUUAAUUACCCCUCAACCCCUGGGGAUGUGAAAGGAGGUCAUUUUACUAAGUUUGAUUAAAGCUUUAAGAGAUACUGUCGGAUGUUUCAGGACUGCUGACAAAGCCGCCUACUUUUUUUCCAGAAAGGACAAAUUAUAUGCAAGAAGCCGCAACCCCCCAGAGGGGACCACUUAGCCUCUGACUGUCACGGGGUGAUGUCCCACACCCUGGGGUGGCCAUCGCCCGGCAGGAGUGAAGUCGGCCCUCGCAGGCCUGGAGGCCCCCCUGGGAAUCCCUGUCUCGCCUCGUGAGCGGGCCUCCAUCUCUGGGACUUUCUUCCGAAUUCCCCCUCGACCAGGCGUGAUUUCCUCCAGCCCCGCCAGCCCCGGGAGGCGCCAGUCCGGACAGCAGAAAUGGUGACCCUGAGAAAGAGGACGCUCAAAGUGCUCACCUUCCUCGUCCUCCUCAUCUUCCUCACCUCCUUCUUCCUGAACUACUCCCACACCAUGGUGACCGCCACCUGGUUUCCCAAGCAGAUGGUCGUAGAGCUCUCGGAGAACUUCAAGAAGUUCAUGAAGUACACGCACAGGCCUUGCUCCUGCGCCCACUGCGUGGGUCAGGAGAGGGUGUCGGCCUGGUUCGACGAGAGGUUCAACCGGUCCAUGCAGCCGCUGCUGACCGCGCAGAAUGCGCUCCUGGAGGAGGACACCUACAGCUGGUGGCUGAAGCUCCAGCGGGAGAAGCAGCCCAAUAACCUGAAUGAUACCAUCAGGGAGCUGUUCCAGGUGGUGCCCGGGAACGUGGACCCCCUGCUGGAGAAGAGGUCUGUGGGCUGCCGGCGCUGUGCCGUGGUGGGCAACUCCGGCAACCUGAAGGAAUCGUGGUAUGGGCCUCAGAUCGACAGCCACGACUUCGUGCUCAGGAUGAACAAGGCCCCCACGGUGGGCUUUGAGAUGGACGUUGGGAGCAAGACCACUCACCAUCUGGUGUACCCCGAGAGCUUCAGGGAGCUGGCGGAGAAUGUCAGCAUGGUCCUGGUCCCCUUCAAGACCACCGACCUGGAGUGGGUGGUCAGUGCCACCACCACGGGCACCAUCUCUCACACCUACGUUCCUGUCCCCGCAAAGAUCAAAGUGAAAAAGAAUAAGAUCCUGAUCUACCACCCGGCCUUCAUCAAGUACGUCUUCGACAGCUGGCUGCAGGGCCACGGGCGGUACCCGUCCACGGGCAUCCUCUCCGUCAUCUUCUCGCUGCACAUCUGCGAUGAGGUGGACUUGUACGGCUUCGGGGCGGACAGUAAGGGGAACUGGCAUCACUACUGGGAGAACAACCCUUCGGCCGGGGCUUUUCGCAAGACCGGGGUGCACGAUGGAGACUUCGAGUCCAAUGUGACGGCCACCUUGGCGUCCAUCAAUAAAAUCCGGAUAUUUAAGGGGAGAUGAUGCUGCCGAGAAGCCCCGGAACCCGCCUCUCCGUGGCCAGCCCCAGCCUCGCGCUGGAACCGUUCUGCCCAGGGGGCUUUGAGGGCCAUUCUCGGAGGUGUGUUCUGGGGCCCCUCCUGGCCUCUCGCACCCAGCAUUUGGCAGCAUCUGCAGAGCGAGUCUCAGGACUGGUCCUCGAUGGGGAGACCCCACCCCAGGGCUGUCCUGGAGCUGGCAGAAGGUGGGGAGACGCGGGGGAGGUCCAGUCUCCGAAUGCUCAAGUCAUUUUGUUUUCUGGUGGAGGUGGGGGCAGACACCAAAGACUCUAAGCUCCCAAGUGAAGGACAGUUUCCCAGGGAGAAUGGACAGAGACUUUGCUCUGCCCAGAGUUCCGGGGCUGAGUCCCAGAUUCUGAUUCUCUCUGGGAUCUCCCCGAGUGAGGAGGACCUCGGGACAGAGCCCCAUCGGACCACAUGGACCCUGGGGGCGAGACGGCGCCUUUCUUUGCACGCUGCCUGCCCCCUCCCUCACUUGGCACGACCACCCCACCUGUGCCGUAUUCCCCAAGCUCGUUUCUGAUGGCCUGGAGGGGCUCCCCAGCCUGAAGGUCUUCAUGGCCAAGUGCUGCAGACUCCGCAGAGGACUUCUUCCCAAGCUGACAUCUCCUGGAGUGAUCGAUCUUGGUUGCGAUCAUCAUGGCUGACAGCAGAUCUGACUACUUCUAUGUGCCUUUGUGUUUGGGGGAGAAAUGUGCGCAUUGGCUGAAAUGAGGCAAAAGCCUUGACUCGGGAACUGGGGGACCCCCGGUCUCAUAACCCCCUGCUCCAGAGCCAGGGAUAUCUUUUCUAGUUUCCUGGGGUGGUGCCGGAUCUGGAACAAAGUUAGGAUGACACUCGACACUGUCCAGAGAGACAUCCUCCGCAGGAGGUCAUUCUUACGUUCACCAAUGGUUGGAUUCGGUGCCCAUAACCUCCCACGCCCAGAACCUCCACCAGCCAGCACUUUCCCCUGGAGCCCACGCUCUGGGCCAAGUCUCUCCUGGCCACCUGCACAGUGUCCUGGGGGAGGCAGGGCCAUCCUGGGAACGUGACCCUCAGAGCGGGAGAAGACAUACCUCACCCUCUCACCCCCACGCUGCUCUGGUUCGUCCUCAUCAGCCUACCUGAUUAUUUAUUGAUUCUUUUUUUUUUUUUUAAUUCAGCUGAGAUUGUGUGCACUUUGGGGCUCUGUGGCUGGUCCUGAUGUUUUAAUUAAGCUUGCUCUUGCUUCAGCUGGCAGCCGGGGCACAGGGAGCUUAAAUCUAUUCUCAUGGGAAUCCUCAGCUUUGGGGUGGGAGGCAUCUAGGGCUUGGGGGUUUGCCCCUGGGCAGAUCCCGGGGUUCCGGGUUGGUAGGUUCAUGGAGGCUCUGCACCUCCUCCCUUCAGCUCCGCCUUCUUUCUCUGUUUGCGGACUGGGUUCAGUCUCAGGCGAAGAGUCUCCAAAACGCAGUGGAACUCCCUUAGGGCCAGGUGGGGAGUGGGGUUGCACCUGCUGGAGGACGGUGAUGGUCGGUCGGCUCCCGCUGCUGAUGUUGAAUCAGAGAAAGCACUUUUCUUGUCGAGAGCUUUUCCUACGAGGCCGCUGUGACUCUGAGGACGCGUGACGGUGUCCCCGGGGAGAGGGAAGCCACGGGGCCUGUCUCCUGAGCUCCUUGCCGUCCUCUGGCGAGCUCUGUUCUCCUGGCUGCCGUCUGUCCUUCUGUAAACAGGGAGGGAGGCGUCUGGGGAGCUCAGGGGCCACAAAGGGUGUCAGGCAGUUCACAGGUGCCCCCAGAAAUAGCAUGCCCCAUUUGUGUGUUUCCCCCAAGCCUGUGCGUAGGAGCAUUUUCCUGGGGAGAGGUUCUGUAGUUUUCACUAGAUUCUCAAAGACACAGAACCCAGGCAGUGGUUUACAAAAAGCAAAGUAACAGCGAGCCGACAAGCAAAAACCUGUUCCAGCUUGAAAAUCCUCCAAAAUGUAAGACUCUGCUGACCGAUCAAGGCUCCUACGUCACGAUGAGGUCAUCGUUCUGAUCAUAAGUCCCUAAAGACUAAAGCAGGUGUCUGCUGGUUGGCUGAUUCAUCCCUUGAGAAAAGUGUCCCCUGAGACAGGGAGCAGAAAGGACUCCUGAGCCCCUCCCUGAGUCCCGGGAGCUGAGUCCACUCAGAGACGACACGUUCAGAACGUGCCAUCUGUCUCUGGGCUUGGCGGAGUCAGAACGGGUCCCCAGAGCGAGGAGGGGUCCGGCUCAGCUGCCUGAUCCUGGCCGUCUCUCCCUCCCUCCCGCUGGGCCCUUCGAGCUGUUGAGAGGCCUUCCCGGCUUCCCAUUUCACAGAGGAGAAAAGCGAGGCCCAGAGAAGGAAUGUGACUUGCAAAAGUGAACCGGUUGUGACGGAAAGCACAAGUCAAACACUUGGAGCAGAAAUAGAAUGUCUGUCGUUGCUCUCUGUUUGAGGCAUCCCAGGGUGGCCUUUCCCUGCUGGGUUCCGCCCAGCAUCUCUGAGAACGGUGACCUGGUGGAGGUUCCUGGUAGCUCAGCCUCUCACCGCUGGGCUCCUCCUGAGGCUGCUGGUGGUGGUGGCCCUGGCCAGCUCCAGGGUCUGCCCAUCCCGUCAUCCCUCCCGUGGGGGAGACAGCCUUGCUCUCCACCCCACCCCCGCCCCAGCACACACCUCUUUGUGUUCCUUGGCUUAGCCAGGGGGCAGGGUCUUCACCGAAGAGCGCCCAUCAUCAUGGCUGGGACUGAAGGCGUGGGUGGGCUUAAGACCACUGGUGUCCUCCCCAGGGGUCUGAGAAUCCAGCCAGAGUAUUUCCCACGGAGCACUUGGUGGGAGGUCCCCAGGGAAGGCUCUCAAGGGCCCACUGCAGUGCUGGGCUCCCAGCCCAGGGCUCUCCAUCUGCUCCUCAGGUCCAGAGCUCCCUGGAGACCAGUCCUGGGCCGGAGGCAGAGAGCAGAGGUGUCCCUACCUGUGGUCAGUGUGAGCCUGAAGCCAGAAAGACUGGGGCCAAGAAGAAGGAGAGAUCACAGCACCCUCCCCAAACCCUGUGGGGCCAGGAGACUGAUUUUUCUCGAGCUGCAGUCACCUUUGCAAAAUCAGCACCUGGGUCCACAUCCCCACUCCCAUCCCCAUCCCCCACACCAUCACCCCCCCCCCCAUCUACCCGCCAGGGCAGAGAGCAGGGAGGGUUUGGUUUGUAGCGUCUGCCUUCCAGAGCCAUAGGGCAGACAAGAAAGUUCUUAAAGCGAUGCUUUUCCGGGCAUGCGCUUAGUGGGAGAAGCCAGGUUGAAGAAAAUAGGACUGAAAAUGGGGAAGCCAGACAAGAAGGUGGGGAGAAUGAUCCUUGCAAGUUAGAACUUGCCAGAAGGACGGGGCCUCUGGCUCCGGGGUGCAGUGGAAUCACAGGGAAUAUUAGAACCGUGAUGUUUGCGUCUAACAAUUCUCUUCGAGGCAGCCUGAACACAAAAAUGGAAAACAGAAAAGAACUCACCGUCCGUCCACUUUCUCCAGGGAAGUGCAAGCCAAAGAUGGCUGGCCACGGGCCAUUGGGGACAAGCCGCUGCCCUUGCCCCUCUGGAGAGCUCAAGGUCAUUGUCGUGUCCAUCAUGGACCUCUGGUUGGAAGCAAACGUGCCCAUGGGCCACCAGCUGGUGAUCCUCUCCCGUGGUCUGGGCUGACUGGUUUCAAGAGAGAGUCCGCUUUCACCGGCCCUGGUGUUGAACUUGACCCCGCUGCUCCCUUCUCUUAAAGGGCAGGACUGCCCUCUGUGCCCUCCUGCGGGCAGCCCUGAGCCAGACACCAGCUUCCCCCUGGGUUCGUAUCAGGAGGGGCCGCCCUGGGGGACAGACACGGCUGCCCACCGGCACCUGGCCCGCACCAGAUUCACCUCAAAGCCAAAGUUUCUUGAGCACUUUCUGUUCUUUGCAAUCAUGUUUGGUUCCUUGUUGGUGUUUUUAAGAAAUUUACUUUCUUUUCCCUCUUGCCUCGUUCCCGUGUCUGUGUGGUAGCUGAACGCCGAUCGGGGUGCAUUUUGAAGGAAGGUAGCAAGAGUUGGCCUGCCCCAGCCUCUGCUCUGUUUUAUUUAUUGUGGAAUAUUUCCAAUGAUUCAAAUCAGAGUGAAUUAAAACAAAGCUAUUUUAUCGUU